AUGCAGGUAGUCACAGGGCUGCUGCUGCAGGAGAUGACCAUGGCAGGGCUGCAUGAGCUGCGCUUCACUGAAGAGAAGCCGCUGCUGCGGGGACAGGAUGCUGAGCUGGAGAACUCGGAUGUCUUCCUCUCCACUGUGGACACAGACUGGAAGGAACAUGACAUUGAGACCCCCUAUGGGCUGCUGCACGUGGUUAUCCGGGGCUCUCCCAAGGGGAACCGCCCAGCCAUCCUGACGUACCAUGAUGUGGGCCUCAACCACAAGCUUUGCUUCAACACCUUCUUCAACUACGAGGACAUGCAGGAGAUCACGAAGCACUUUGUGGUGUGCCAUGUGGAUGCGCCGGGCCAACAGGCAGGAGCCUCACAGUUCCCUCAGGGGUACCAGUAUCCAUCUAUGGACCAGCUGGCUGCCAUGUUACCCAGUGUGGUGCAGCAUUUUGGGUUCAAGUACGUGAUUGGGAUCGGUGUUGGGGCAGGAGCCUACGUGCUGGCCAAGUUUGCGCUCAUCUUCCCUGACCUGGUCGAAGGACUGGUCCUUAUGAACAUUGACCCCAAUGGCAAAGGCUGGAUUGACUGGGCAGCUGCCAAGCUCUCUGGCCUCACCAGCACACUGCCAGACAUUGUCCUGUCCCACCUGUUCAGCCAGGAAGAGUUGAUGAACAACACGGAGCUCGUCCAGAGUUACAGGCAGCAGAUCGGCAGUGUGGUGAACCAGUUCAACCUCCAGCUCUUCCUCAACAUGUAUAACGGCCGCAGGGACCUAGACAUCAACCGGCCUGGGACUGUGCCCAAUGCCAAGACGCUGCGCUGCCCCGUGAUGCUGGUGGUUGGAGACAACGCGCCUGCCGAAGAAGGGGUGGUGGAGUGUAACUCCAAGCUAGAUCCCACCAACACCACUUUCCUGAAGAUGGCUGACUCCGGUGGGCUGCCCCAGGUCACACAGCCUGGCAAGCUGACUGAAGCCUUCAAGUACUUCCUGCAAGGCAUGGGCUACAUCACCCACCUGAAGGAUCGGAGGCUGAGUGGAGGCACAGUGCCAUCUGCCAGCAUGACCCGCCUGGCACGCUCGCGCACGGCCUCCCUCACCAGCGCCAGCUCGGUGGAUGGCACCCGCCCACGUGCCUGCACCCAC